AUGAGGCCUUCUUUUGUCCUCCUUGCCUUCUUACUUGGCUUCGCCUCGGCUGUCACAGAGAGCUACAACGGCCAGUAUGCUGACAACUGUCCGAGUCUGUGUGCUCAUGCCGGUCCCAGUCCAGCCAACUGGACCAACAACCACCAUGUCCGGAAUCUUGAGAGCUGUGACCAAACUGUUCUCUUUGGUUUGAAUAUCCACAACUCUGUCACCGAUCCAAACACUAUCCUCACUAUCCGGGCUUGUGUCGCUAGCCAUGGCCAGACGUACGAGGCUGCCGCCUCGCCUGAUGUGCCUCAACAGCCAAGUCAACACAACCUCGUUGUUGCUGAAAGCUGCGGCGCCAAGGUAGUGAAGACAGCUUUCACUCCCCAGGUUGGCCCCUCGACGCUUAGCAAGGCAUCUAGCCCUGCUCCGCAGUCUACUCAUGUAGCCGAGGCCACUCGCCAACUUGCCCUGUUUGUGGACAAGAGCGCUGAGUGCGGCACCACCAUCCUGUUUGCAAAGCACAAGUCUGCUGUUGUAGGCGUGUAUUCUGGUGCACAAAUCACAAAGCAUGCUGUGCGAGGGUUUCUUGACUCUUUUGCGGAAAAGCAAACUUCUACCGUACAAAUCUGCCAGCCUGCCAGCGCGGCCCUGACUGUUGGGGUGGCUUCUGCUGGAUUUGUUGAUCUGGCAGCGGCUCAAGUUGCUAUCAAAGACUGGAACAAUGGGCUUUGCCUCGACGAGACCAUUCCCGCUACCCCCGUCAGUAUGGACGUUCUCGUGUCCACCGUGGAUAAUAGCUUCAAUGCUCCUACCAACACGACUACCAUCUCCCACGGCAACAUGACAGCUAGAGGGAAACCACAAGCCCUUCUCCCAAGAGGAGAGUGUAGAACAGAGGAGGUCCAUGGGGGUGACAGCUGCGCCUCGCUGGCCAGCCGCUGUGGCAUCUCUGGAAACGACCUGUCUAAAUACAACCCACAAAAGAACUUAUGCUCGACCCUGAAGCCCAAACAGUACGUUUGCUGCAAUGCAGGCACUCUGCCAGACUUUCGCCCUCGGCCCCAACCCGACGGGACCUGCAACACAUAUAAAGUUAGUGAUAACGAUAAUUGCUCCGACGUGGCGGACGCGCACUACUUGACCCAACAAGACAUUGAAGACUUCAACAAGGACACCUGGGGCUGGGCUGGCUGUGCACACCUACAGAGUGGACAACUGAUCUGUCUUAGCGAGGGAACGCCUCCUAUGCCCUCGCCAGUCCAGGGAGCCACCUGCGGUCCACAGGUACCGGGUACCGAGAAGCCUUCCAACGGAACAGCGCUGGCUGAUCUCAACCCAUGCCCACUGAAUGCAUGUUGCGAUGCCUGGGGAUUUUGCGGAACAACGGUCGACUUCUGUACCAAGUCACCCGCGGAUACUGGCGCUCCCGGCACCGCAAAACCAGGAACCAACGGCUGCAUUUCCAACUGCGGGAUGGAGAUUGUUAACAACGGCAAGGCACCCGAUCAAUUAAAGACCAUCGGAUAUUUCGAGGCGUUUGAUCAGACAAGAGUGUGUCUGCGAAUGAGUGUCAAGGAGAUCCCGGCCAACAAGUACUCGCACAUCCACUUCGCAUUUGCCACCGUCACGUCCAGUUUCGACGUAGACAUCUCAGACGUCGAGUAUGAAUUCAGCAGAUUCGUCAAGAUGAGUGGCUUUAAAAAGAUUCUCACCUUUGGCGGAUGGGCGUUUUCCACAGAGGCUGAUACAUUCCAGCGCUUUAGAGAUGCUACCAAGAAAGAGCAUCGGGAAACAUUUGUCAAUAACUUGGUGAGCUUCAUGAACCGCAAAAACCUGGAUGGCUUCGACUUUGACUGGGAGUAUCCUGGCGCACCUGAUAUUCCGGAUAUCACUCCCGGAAGCCCUGAGGAAGGAGACAACUACCUUGCCUUCCUGCAGCUGCUCCGAAGCAAGUUGCCCAGCGAAAAAUCGCUUUCCCUUGCGGUGCCGGCUUCUUAUUGGUACCUAAAGCAGUAUCCUGUCAAAGAUAUUGCAAAAUAUGUCGAUUAUUUCAUUUACAUGACAUACGACUUGCACGGUCAAUGGGAUGUCGAUAACAAAUCGUCCAUGCCUGGCUGCCCAGCCGGAAACUGUCUUCGAUCACACAUCAACAAGACCGAGACGCACGAUGCCAUGGUCAUGAUCACCAAAGCUGGCGUGGAAGCCCGACAGCUAGUUAUUGGUAUUACCAGUUACGCCAGAAGCUUCCGCAUGACUGACGCGUCCUGCUCUGGUCCCUUCUGCACUUUUGCUGGUGAUAAACGUCACUCCAUGGCCUAUGCUGGACCCUGUACGACAACUGGUGGCUACAUUUCCAAUGCCGAGCUUAACGAUAUCAUCAAGAACCCCGGCAACUACUCCAUCGUGAAGUCGUACAUCGACAAAGAUUCCGACUCCAAUAUUCUCAUGUACGGUAAUCCCGGAGCCGUGGAUUGGGCGGCCUACAUGGACAGCGAUCUCAAGACCAACCGAAUAAACUGGAUCAAGGGCCUCAACUUUGGUGACUCUCUAGACUCAGGUUGUGUUCACCUCUUUGCGCUGGACAUUCUAUACUCGCAGCUCCUUGACAGUUUAUCUCUGUUCCAAGCCAACUCGGAAGGCUACGACGACAAGUUCGGCUGGUAUGAGAAGUGGACCAAGGAGCAGAUCCAGCCGCGCAUUGACACCUUCAUGAAGUUAGGCGAUGGCAAAGGCCUCAAGUACUUUGAUUGCUACUGGGCAUAUACCGACGGCAAGGAAAAGAAGGAUUCCUGCCUUGGCAUGCCUCACAUCUGGGAUGUGAACGCGGGCUGGAGCAUUCGCUACGAUCUCGUCGACAAGAAAGGCUUCUUUGACGCGCUCGCGGCCGAGACGGGCAUCGAUGAGUCUUGGGUGGCGUUUGGUGAGACUUCAGAUUAUACAUGCGCGGAUCCUGGCGAUCCACGACCAGGCACUGGUGGCUUACCCUGCCGAAAGCUUUUCCAAAAAAAGCUGAAUUACCCUCAGAAGGGCUCUGAUGACAAGGUCCACGUUGGCAAUCCUAAGAAGCUCAUAGAAGCGUCCCUAGGCAAUGUCACCGCUCUGCGAACCUCACUUCUUUCCUCGUACCUCAGCGUGGGCUUGUCCUUCUACGAUGACGGGCCAAAUGAUACUUCGGCCACCGACGCAGUAGUCGCCUACUCCAUGCCCAUAUUACAACUCACUGAGGCGAUCAACAGCAUGAAAGACAUUAAGGAAAUCGGCGAAGAUGCCAAGGAACAAGCGAAGAAGGACCUCAUCUUCAAGAUCCUCACUAUCGUCUUCAUGGUAAUCCCCUUUGUCGGCGAGGCUCUCGGACCCCUGAUCGGGAGCGCAGCAUCAGUCGCUCGUAUUGCGCUUCUCAUCGGCGAAGCGGGGAAUGGGGCACUGACGGUGGCGGAUAUCAUUGAGGAUCCGUCGUCUGCACCGUUCGCGGUGUUGGGUUUGAUUGCGGGUGUUGGUGGCGGUUCGGGCAAGUUGUCCAAGGCAGAGGCCCUGGCAGAGGCUUCAAAGGCAAGAGGUCUGUUGAAGGGUAGCGAUUUGGCCAAGUUCCCGCAGAGGUUUAGAGAUCAGGAUGCCUUGGUGCAAAAGGUCGUAAAGAGUUUGUGUGCGAGGAGCUAA